GCAGCGCUAGGAGCCGAGGCCGCCGGGAGCAGCGCCGGGGCCCGCCCGGAGCAUGACGGCGAUCCGGGCGCUGCUGCUCUGCCUCUGCCUGGGGCUGCGGGCGGGCGGGCAGCCCUUCCUGCGCCUGCGACCCUCGCCCAGUGACAACCUGCCCGUCAAGGACAUCGUGGAGCACCCGGACCCCGAGUACGACCCCAAGGAGCAGGACCUGGACGAGAGGACGCUGAGGAAGACCCCCCCCCUGGGCAAGAAGGCGCGGCGGAAGGUGCUGCAGUGGCUCUGGGCGCACACCCACUGCCCCGUGCUCUACGCCUGGAAGGACCUGGGGGUGCGCUUCUGGCCGCGCUACAUCAAGGAGGGCAACUGCCUGGCCGAGAAGUCCUGCUCGCUGCCCGAGGGCAUGUUCUGCAAGCCCGUCAAGUCGGUCACCAAGACCUUCCUGCGCUGGCACUGCCAGGGCUGGUCCAGUCAGAAGUACUGCACCUGGAUCCCCGUGCAGUACCCGCUCAUCUCCGAGUGCAAGUGCUCCUGCUAAGCCUCCCCGGCCCCUUGCACUGCCGCCCUCCUCCUCCGGAUCACUUUGGGGGGGGAGGCUUUUCGGGUGGGUUUUUUUGGAGGGGGUAGGGUUUUUUGGGAUAGUUUUUGGGGGGAAUUUUUUUUCUCCACCUCCUCCCCCCCAGAGCGAAGUGGGAGAAGAUGAACCGCUUUGGGGUUUUGCUGGAUUUUUGUUGUUGUUGUUGUUGUUGUUGUUUUGGGGGUUUUUUUGGUUAAUUUUU